CAUGGGGAUGCUGCGUAACGGAAACGAGGCCGCAUGGAAUCAGCACAAACUCAGCCUGUCCCCCAGGCGCAGUAUGCUGAUGAUCCGACGGGUCGUGAGGUCACGGCAAAAAUAACAUUCAGAAAUCAGCCUUCCAGCACCGGGCCCCCGAAUCUGCCAACUAGAGCGAUCGGACUAAAUAUGAUUGGCUGUUAGCAUCAACCGGGCGGAGUUAGUAUAGUUGUCGCAACGCCCUCUCCUCCCGAGUAGGAAUCUUGAGCUGAAAUCGACUGCCUUCACCGGAUAGCCGGAGCACGGGCGCCACCGAGCCGGCGAGAUGAGUACCAAUAUCCGAUUCAAGAACCGCUUUAUCAAACCGGAAGACAGUGAGGAUAGGCAGUAUGUGGGUUUUGCCACGCUCCCCAACCAAGUUCACAGGAAGUCUGUGAAGAAGGGCUUUGACUUCACGCUCAUGGUGGCCGGUGAGUCUGGCCUUGGGAAGUCCACUUUGGUGAACAGCCUGUUUCUCACAGACCUCUACAAGGACAGGAAAUUACUGAACGCAGAGGAACGCAUCAGCCAGACAGUAGAGAUCACCAAACACACAGUGGACAUCGAGGAGAAGGGCGUGAAGCUCAAGCUCACCAUCGUGGACACACCCGGCUUUGGAGAUGCUGUCAACAACAACGAGUGCUGGAAGCCCAUCACAGACUACAUUGAUCAGCAGUUUGAGCAGUACUUCAGAGAUGAGAGCGGGCUCAACAGAAAGAACAUUCUAGACAACCGUGUUCAUUGCUGUCUAUACUUCAUACCACCAUUUGGACAUGGGCUGAGGCCAAUAGAUGUGGAGUUCAUGAAGGCACUUCAUGAGAAGGUGAACAUCAUUCCUCUCAUCGCCAAGGCUGAUUGCCUCACUCCUAAUGAGAUCAAGAAACUCAAGGACAGGGUACGAGACGAGAUCGAGAAGUUUGGGAUCAAAGUCUACCAGUUCCCGGAGUGUGACUCGGAUGAGGAUGAAGAGUUCAAACAGCUGGACAAAGAGCUGAAGGAGUGUACACCGUUGGCGGUGAUCGGCAGUAACACAGUGGUGGAGGCACGGGGACAGCGGGUGCGGGGCCGUGUCUACCCCUGGGGCAUUGUAGAAGUGGAGAAUCAGUCCCACUGUGACUUUGUGAAGCUGCGGAGCAUGCUGAUUCGCUCUCACAUGCACGACCUAAAGGAUGUGACCUGUGACGUCCACUACGAGAACUACAGAGCACAGUGCAUACAGGACAUGACAAGUAAACUAACUCAGGAUAAUCGUGUGGACAGUCCUCUCCCCAUCCUGCCUCUCCCAACCCCAGAUGCAGAGACAGAGAGACUCAUCAAGAUGAAAGAUGAGGAGCUGAAGCGGAUGCAGGAGAUGCUGGAGAAGAUGCAGCAACAGAUACAUGAGAAAGAACAGUGAUAAUAAAACCACACACACACACACACACACACACACACACACACACACACACAUACACACACACACACUCACACUCACAC